AUGGCGUCAAACGCUGCCCCAGAUGCGCCAUCCCAGCCCGAAGCGCUGCUAAAGCGCGCCCGUGAUGCCGCACGCCGACGGCUGAUCAACGAAGCCGAGAACGCAGCGCUGAAGCAAAAGGCUCUCAGUUUAGAGCGGCGCUUGGAGCUGGCGGAUCUGGCAAAGCUAGAGCAUGAUCGCCUGAAGGAUAAUCUGAAGAAGUUGGAUGAGUGGGAGAAGGACUUUGCCGUCUUCAAGCAACGUGAGGAGGACGGACAGUGA